UGGCCGCGGCGCAGGGGCGUGGCGGCAGCGCGCAGGCGUCCUAGCGGCGGCUCGCUGCGUCUCAGGAUGGAGGGCCGUGCAGUUCAUUUGAAGAACAGAGGCACAUUAUAAAGUCCAGCGUUUCCAGCUGCAUUCCAUGAGUGCUGGGGCUAGAACCUAGAGCCACACACUUGAAACAGAUCUCUGCGAGUCAGCCACACCAUGCUGCUCCAGUGCUAAAUUCCAGGAAAAUGGAUCUAGCGAGUCCGCCGACUUCCAAAUGCAUCACGUACUGGAAAAGAAAGGUGAAGUCUGAGUACAUGAGACUCCGGCAGCUCAAGCGGCUUCAGGCGAACAUGGGAGCCAAGGCUCUGUACGUGGCCAAUUUCGCAAAGGUUCAGGAAAAAACCCAGAUCCUCAAUGAAGAAUGGAAGAAGCUUCGAGUGCAGCCUGUUCAGCCGAUGAAGCCUGUGAGUGGGCAUCCUUUUCUCAAAAAGUGUACCAUAGAGAGCAUUUUCCCGGGCUUCGCCAGCCAGAACAUGCUGAUGAGGUCUCUGAACACGGUUGCGUUGGUUCCCAUCAUGUAUUCCUGGUCCCCUCUCCAGCAGAACUUCAUGGUGGAAGAUGAGACGGUGUUGUGCAAUAUUCCCUACAUGGGUGACGAGGUGAAGGAAGAAGACGAGACUUUCAUCGAGGAGCUGAUCAAUAACUACGAUGGCAAAGUUCAUGGCGAAGAAGAGAUGAUCCCUGGGUCUGUUCUGAUCAGCGAUGCCGUGUUCCUGGAGCUGGUCGAUGCCCUCAAUCAGCACUCAGAUGAGGAAGAGGAAGGGCACAAUGACCCCUCAGAUGGGAAGCAGGACGGCAGCAAAGAGGAUCUGCCAGUGACAAGAAAGCGGAAGCGCCACGCCAUGGAAGGCAACAAAAAGAGUUCCAAGAAGCAGUUCCCCAAUGACAUGAUCUUCAGUGCCAUUGCUUCCAUGUUCCCCGAGAACGGCGUCCCCGAUGACAUGAAGGAGAGGUAUCGGGAGCUGACGGAGAUGUCCGACCCCAACGCCCUUCCCCCACAGUGCACACCCAACAUCGAUGGCCCCAACGCCAAGUCCGUGCAGCGGGAGCAGUCUCUACACUCUUUCCACACCCUUUUCUGCCGCCGCUGCUUCAAAUACGACUGCUUCCUCCACCCUUUCCAUGCGACUCCUAAUGUAUAUAAACGCAAGAACAAAGAAAUCAAGAUUGAACCAGAACCAUGUGGCACAGACUGCUUCCUUUUGCUGGAAGGAGCAAAGGAGUAUGCCAUGCUCCAUAACCCUCGGUCCAAGUGCUCUGGGCGCCGCCGGCGAAGGCACCACGUGGUCAGUGCGUCCUGCUCUACCACAUCGGGCUCUGCUGUGGCUGAGACUAAAGAAGGAGACAGCGACAGGGACACAGGCAAUGACUGGGCCUCCAGUUCUUCAGAGGCUAACUCUCGCUGUCAGACCCCCACGAAGCAGAAAGCCAGUCCAGCCCCACCUCAGCUCUGUGUUGUGGAAGCCCCCUCAGAGCCCGUGGAGUGGACUGGAGCUGAAGAAUCUCUUUUCCGAGUCUUCCAUGGCACCUACUUCAACAACUUCUGCUCCAUAGCCAGGCUUCUGGGGACAAAGACAUGCAAGCAGGUCUUCCAGUUUGCCGUCAAGGAGUCGCUCAUCCUGAAGCUGCCGACGGAUGAGCUCAUGAACCCUUCCCAGAAGAAGAAAAGAAAACACAGGUUGUGGGCCGCACACUGCAGGAAAAUCCAGCUGAAGAAAGAUAACUCUUCUACACAGGUGUAUAACUACCAACCCUGUGACCACCCGGACCGUCCCUGUGACAGCACCUGCCCCUGCAUCAUGACCCAGAAUUUCUGUGAGAAGUUCUGCCAGUGCAGCCCAGACUGCCAGAACCGUUUUCCCGGGUGUCGCUGUAAGACCCAGUGCAAUACCAAGCAGUGCCCUUGCUAUCUGGCAGUACGCGAGUGUGACCCUGACUUGUGCCUCACCUGUGGGGCCUCAGAGCACUGGGACAGCAAGGUGGUGUCUUGCAAAAACUGCAGCAUCCAGCGUGGCCUCAAAAAGCACCUGCUGCUGGCCCCUUCCGAUGUGGCCGGAUGGGGCACCUUCAUCAAGGAGUCUGUGCAGAAGAAUGAGUUCAUUUCUGAAUAUUGUGGUGAGCUCAUCUCUCAGGAUGAGGCUGAUCGGCGAGGGAAGGUCUAUGAUAAAUAUAUGUCCAGCUUCCUCUUCAACCUCAACAAUGAUUUUGUAGUGGAUGCUACCCGGAAAGGAAACAAAAUUCGCUUUGCAAACCAUUCAGUGAACCCCAACUGUUAUGCCAAAGUGGUCAUGGUGAAUGGAGAUCACCGCAUUGGGAUCUUUGCCAAGAGGGCAAUUCAGGCUGGUGAAGAGCUCUUCUUUGAUUAUCGGUACAGCCAAGCUGAUGCCCUCAAGUAUGUGGGCAUCGAGAGGGAGACGGACGGCUUCUAGCCCUCUGGGCCCUGGGACAGUGCUGCUGUGGCAGCCCUGUCUUGGCUUCAGGCACACACCAUUGCUGCUCCAGCUCCUGCCAUGUCUUCCAUGCUGAGAACCCCCACCUACUCCUGUGUGACUAGGCCUCCGCUGUAUCCCAAGGAGACACCCUGCCUCAGUGAGAAGGGAAACAGGCGCACUGGAAACCUGGUCUCCCAGGAGAGUUCAGAUGUGAGAAGCUGCACCUCCAGAUCAGAGGGGGUGGCCAUGGGCUGGGGUGGAUAUCGAUGCUUGAUUUCUCCUCAGCUCCCGCACUGUGGGCCUCAGGAAUCAACCCGCACUGCCCUUUCGGCUUUCCCAGUCAAGUCCUUGUACCACUGCUGUCGGGCAUUGCUAAGUGAAACCAGGUCCCUGGAGCCCACAGGUGCUCAGGGUUAGAGGUGAGCCUGACAGGCAUUACAGACAACUCAGAGGGAAUUGUGUCUCUGUGACAUCAAAGCAGAAAUUUAAGGUUGCAGGAGGGAAAGCUAAGGGGCACCCUUCUGUGGACAGAGGGAGAGCCAGCCAGAGCCAGGGCCCAGGAGGCUUGGAAAGGCCUGUCCUAUAGACUAUGGGGGUAACAGGGCGUUUUCAGACUCGGAGCAGCAGGCACCAGUGACCCAGCGCCUUCCAAAGUCCUGGCUCAGUGGCAGCAGGUCUAGGCUGCUGAGCAUGGGCUGUGUCUGGCUGGGAGUGAGUACUCUGGGUCACUGAGCUGCGGUUGUCCUCAGGCCUUCCAUUCCUCAGAGCUAGGUCCA